CAUGAUUGUGUUCAGUGCAUUAUUAUUUACAGUGGCAUGUUCAUGCAUGACAAUACUGUGCAUAUUUUCUCAUCUUUCACAUGCAAUGUUAAAAUCACAUUUAAAAAGAAAAAUGUAGCAAAUUUGAUAUCAUCUAAGCGAAGUUGAAUCAUCCCCAUAAGCACUGGUUAAAUAGUUAUAAAUAUGCAACUUAUAAGUGUAUGCAUUUGUAUUUUAAGUGAUAAAUCUGCACGCUCAACAUCUAAUUAUUAAAUGUGCAUUACAAUACAAUGAAAACACCUUCGUGUUAUUCAUCUGACUUUCUUUUCUUCCAUUGGACAUGAAAUUUUGCAGAAUGUCUGAGUUGGUGUUUCCCAUGAAUUCAAUGCAUACAGAAUGCUAUUAAAAAAUAAAUAGAAUAGCAUAAUAAAGCAGCAUUAAAGUAUAUAUCAUACAACACAUUUCAUAUUCAAACUUGUGAUUGGUGACGAGAUGCAUGAGAGCCAAAGGUGCCUGCGAAUGACUUUCUCUUCCUCACACGAAUCUAACAGCACAAGACUCUUAUUAUUGACCGCUGUCUUGUUGUGAGUGAUUCUUGGGAGGUGUAUGAGAACAAGAGCCGCUCAGUUCUUCUCCUCUGUGUCCGAGCAGCGGCGGAGGGCCGGUAAAGCCCCGUCUGAUGGCUAACGGUGGGAACGGACGCUACCAGACUCCUCCAGCCUCCGAGCUUCAGAGACUCCUGUGGGUCAAACCCGGAGCCAGCAGACAUCUGGACGAGGUCAGGCCUGGGAUAUACAUCGGAGACAUGUACGCAGCGAAGGACAAACACUUACUGCAGUCUCUGAACAUCACAUUCGUGCUGAACGCAGCUCACGGCAAGUUCAGUGUCAACACAGGAGCCAGUUUCUACAGAGACACUAAGAUCAGCUAUCACGGGGUCGAGGCCUUCGACAUGCCCUCCUUUGACAUGAGCCCUUUCUUCUACUCCGCCGCCAAGUUUAUUAAGACUGCCACGAGCACCCCUGGAGGUAAGGUGCUUGUGCACUGUGCGAUGGGUCUGAGUCGCUCCUCGACGCUGGUUUUGGCGUAUCUGAUGAUUCAUGAGGGCAUGACUCUGGUGGAAGCCAUUAAAGCCGUCGCACAACACAGGAACAUCUGCCCAAAUUCCGGCUUCAUGGAACAGCUGAGGGAACUGGACAAGACCCUGCACUGCCACGGCAUUGGCCUCUAACACGUUCACUCAUCACAAAAACAGCAACAGCAAUGCACGAUUCAGAAUCUGCCUUAUAAUGGAAUUGCAUGAUUUGAUACAGGAUUUAAUUUCUCAAUUAAAAUGAGUUCUUUUUUUUAA